GAUUCCAAAUACGUGUAUUUGAGCUCGCUCUGAACUUUUGGGGUUAUUUACACCUCUCCUAAAACCGCCGCGAAUCUUGUGUUGGUGGAAAAUUUAGCAAUGCAUCAAAGUUGGUUGACGCUAGUCGCAGCCUGUCUGGUCAAACGUCAGGUUGCGGUUCAGUAGGACUGACGGGUCUAGAAGUGCUAGGUCGCUUGUAAGAAUAAGCAUUUGUUGUUUUAAUUUAUUGCUCGUUUUGCUUUUUUUCACCCGUGUUCGUCAGUUACAAGUGUAUUUCGAAUAAACAUGUCGUCUGCACGGUUCGACUCCUCAGACCGAGCCAGCUGGUAUUUCGGGCCGGUUUCGAGACAGGAGGCGCAGAAUAGGCUACAGGGACAGAGACACGGGAUGUUUUUAGUGCGAGAUUCGUCCACUUGUCCUGGUGAUUAUGUACUUUCAGUGUCCGAAAACUCCAAAGUUUCGCACUAUAUCAUCAACUCUUUGCCAAGCAAGAGAUUCAAGAUAGGCGAUCAAGAGUUUGAUAAUCUACCCGGCCUUUUGGAGUUCUAUAAAAUACAUUAUUUGGAUACGACCACCCUGAUAGAACCAGCACCAAGGUACCCCAGUACUGCUCUGCCCAGUGGUCCUAUUCAGCCAUCUGGAGGACUGGGUGAUGAGAACCAGGAGUAUGUGCGGACUCUUUAUGACUUCACUGGCAGCGAUGCUGAAGACCUUCCUUUCAAGAAGGGUGAAAUCCUAAUAAUUAUGGACAAGCCUGAGGAGCAGUGGUGGAGUGCCAAGAACAAAGAAGGCCGAACAGGCAUGAUUCCUGUUCCCUAUGUAGAAAAGCUUGUGAGAUCUUCGCCUCAUCCUGGUCAGUCCAUCCAUGGUUCACGGAAUUCCAAUAGCUAUGGCAUCCCUGAGCCAUCACACGCCUAUGCCCAGCCUCAGACUCCAUCUCCCAUUCCUCCUGGUACACCCGGCGCUGUCAUCAACCCGCUACCUUCUGUGCAGAACGGGCCAGUGUUGGCGAAGGCGAUCCAGAAACGAGUGCCAUGCGCAUAUGACAAAACUGCUUUAGCACUGGAGGUGGGUGACAUUGUGAAGGUGACUAGGAUGAACAUCAGUGGUCAGUGGGAAGGGGAGGUAAACAACCGGAGAGGUUUAUUCCCUUUCACUCAUGUGAAAAUACUGGACCCCCAAAACCCAGACGAGAGUGAAUGAGCUGUGCCAUGCUCUGUCAGCACCCUGUCAGCUCGCUGGACGCCCCAUCAAGUCACCACCGGUAUAAUGCUUGCCUGCCCUGGGGCUCCGCUGUGGCGCAUUUCUCAAGCAAACCAUUUGUGUGGCUUCUGACUGUUUACAGCUCUGGAAUCAAACGGUUCUUAAUCCCCCUCACUCGGUUACAGGCAAAUCAGUAUUUUUGUUUGUUUUUUCUGUCUGCCCUUCUGUUGUUUUCACAAAUCAGCCGUCUUUACCUGUAACAAGGUGAAAUAAGGUCUCCAACAUGAACUUCUUGCCACUCCUGCAGUUUCUGUCUUUAGCUUUGACCUCUAUGAGCUAAAAUAGGAUAUCAAGAAAGGGAAAGAAGGGUAAAUAUACCCUCUAAUUUGCCAACGGUUUACCUGUUUAGUCCAAAAAUGUAUCUAUUAUUUUGUAUUUUGUUACAUUUAAAAGAGUCCCUAUGAUACUGAUACUGAUCAACAGCCAUGACUUGAAGAUAUUUCAGUGGCAGUUUUAUAGAGUAGCAACAACCGUGCCACUCCUGACUGGCCUUAGGAACAGACUUGCCAUUUUUUUCCUCAACUAGUAUGUGAGACUAGUCUACUGUAGCCUUUUUAUUUGUGCCAUUAUAACUUAUCUGUAAAUUGCAGUAGUCGUGUAGCUAGAUGGUUGUGGCUAGAUUCUCGGUGGAUCUCUAUAAUGCUGAAGGGCUUGCCUGUGGAGCUUUUGCAUCCGGUUGGGGUGUCAUUGAUGAGAGAUUGAGUCUGGGGAGAGUAAAGACGCACCUCAUCUAUUUUUUUGGACAAGCUGGAAAUGUCACCUGUGCAAUCAUGAGCUCAUCUCUUGAGGAUUAGAUUCUCCCUCAUCCUCUUCUUCUACUCUGGUGGCAGUAAAGUCUGGAUCUCGCUCUGCUUCAUGACUGUUACUGCACAUCACAAGGUCUAACUUUGAUGCUUUGUGCCCAAUUUUGACUCCAUAACCUGACAUACACCUUUUUAAGUUUUGUCCAUCUGUAAUAAUCAGUUUUGUUUUUUGUUUGUUUUAGCCGGGUGUUGAAUCAAGCAUUUACUCUGUGUUGAAAUAAACUGGCAUUUUUUUCUAAAAAGGGAUUAAAAAGCCUGUUGGUGGCCUCUGUGCAUGACCUUCUGCCCAAGAGGGUUUUCCCCCCUCUUAGGUUAAAUGCUGCUUCAUGUCGUGUUUUGUUUUCCAUCUGUCUGUCUAUUUUCUUCUGUUUAAAUUUAACUCCAGUUUUGAAAAUUGGCUGGUUUACAUUUAUAGCAUCGAGACAAGGCUAAAUAUUCAUAUUAAGCAAUAGACCAACCCGGAUCUUUUAGAAGUGAUCAGAUAAUUUAAGGUUUCAGAUGGCUGAGUUUUUCUUUAAUUUUUUUUUGGUAAGGCUUUAACAGUAUUACUGUUCAUUGUUUGACAUUACAAGAUAUCUAUGGUUUUGUUUUAAAAAAAUUGUGCCUUUUAUUUUCUUACAUCAUUUACAUGUUAAUAAUAUUUCCCAUGGUUAACACCUGUGCUGGUAUUACCCAUAUGUACAGAACGAGUAAAUAAAUUUAUGUCUACUUCUC